AUUUAGCUCUGACUGCGGUACAUAGGCUGUACCGUUAUAACAGUUAGACAUGGCUUCUAAAACAACCCGGGUCCUUCUCAAGAGAUAAAGAUACCUUGGCGUCGAAUAAUGACCUGUGAAGAAACCACCGAGUUCCUCGAUGAAGACGAGGAAGAGUUUGGAUGGAGAGAGUUACCGGACCUGCUUCUCGAGGAAAUCUUUCGUCUGCUCGAUCCGAAAGACCGACAUCAAGCUUCACAAGUGUGUCAUCGGUGGCACAAAAUGUUCUACUCUCCCAGGGUGUGGGACACCUUUAUCCUGAAGGAACGAACCCUUACGAGGAGACUCUUCAACCUUUACAGGGGCUACCAGAGAGAAUUGGAUCCGAGGAAGACGCAUUUCAUGUUGACAAGGGUCGGAUCUUACUUCAAGAAAGUCAUCGUCACCGACAUAGCAGAUUUUUACAACCUACACGAAUUCCUACGCGUCUUGACCUUCUUUCUGGAAUACUACGACGAGUGUCCGAUGACACAGUUGAAGAGCUUUGAUUUUACGUUUCACUGUGAAGAGCGAGGGAUGACAGGACUGAUCGUACACGGUACAGGAGGUAAGAUCCUGGAAGAGUUGAUACAGCUCGUACAAGUCCUAGGCAACCUUCGCGAACUGAAGAUGAAUCAACUUCUUCUGGAAGCCAAGGACGCACCCGGUUUGUUUGAAGCCAUCGCCAAAAACUGCAUCGACACCUUAACCUAUCUAGAGAUCCUGAACUACACGAAGAUUCCGUGCCCCAUGCCAGAGAUGGCGCAGUUCUGGACCUUAAGCCGACUGGUGGUGUCCCCCCAGCAGCUGAGUGAUGAGGUGGUGCUACUUCUGGCUGGCACAUGCCUUGUGGACCUCCGGAUAGUGCAGGAUACUUAUACCUGUCCGUGUGUCCCCGUGUCUGGGAUGGCUUGGUGUGAGCUUUCCACUAUGGCGCCCUUCUUGAAGGUACGUCUAGAGUGCCGAGGGAGAACAAAAGAGGAUGUGAUGGUCCAACCCCAUGCCCCCGUGUCUGCAGUUGUUUACUCCACACCCUACUCCAAAAUCAGCUCAAACGUCACGCUGGAUAUUUCGGAAAAUUACAAAUACUCCCUGCAGGUUUUCGUUCACCAAAGGUUGCCUCGUGUUCACGGCUCGCGCUCCUUCCACGAGCGAGGCGACGCGAACCUUGUCAUGCUUUCCAGACAGUGUGAAAAACUACAAAUUCUUGUGGUCAAAGAGCGUCUAUCGACGGCGACAAUUCUCCUCGUGGUCAAAAAUGCCAAGUCGCUUAAUCGGCUGUAUGUUCGCCAGAACGCCAUCUUGAAGAAAUCGGACUGGCCGAAAUCUGCCGAAUGGUCGGAUGAGUUUUAUCGAUGGUUGAGGACAUCGUCUUUGUCGCUGGACCUCUUCAUAGCGGAAGUAUCUCAGAUGAUUGGAUAUAAAUGGCGCCCUCUCACAGAUGAAGAGUUCAAGCAAAUCGACGUGUGACAUAAAGUGAAAGAAUACAAAGAAUGAAGUGAACGGGACUGUGUAAAACUACGUUUGUUACUUUACCUUUUUCACUGCAUUAAGUACAGUCAAGUGCUUGAACUCUAAGGUGGGCUAAAGGACCACCUUGGCGGUUCUGGAUGCCAACAAUUUGACACCAAUUUAUUUUUCACUGUUAGUUUUCACCGUUACACGAAAUUCUUACAAAGCAUAUAAGUGUAAUAUGUUCUUAUGGAUAUAAGAGAGCUAUUCCAACAUUUAAUUUAGGGUUAGGGGUGAAAAAUUAUUAUACUAAAACUGGCCCAUCAAGCACACCUUGGGUUUCAAGCAUUUGAAUGCAUUUAAAUUUGUAGACUAUAUAGAGAGCGAAUUUAGGUAAACAUGUAGUUCAGAUGUAGUUUUCAGUAAUCUUUCCUUUGACGUUUCGUUCACUUUUUGGUUUACGUAUUGCGACACUAAUGUUUGUCAGCUGUGCCAGGAAAUUUGAUAAAUAUCAAACGGUGAUUAACAUCGAUGCAUAAAAAUAUGCUAAUUUUUUUUCUUAAGCCGGUGUACUAACCAGUGAAACCUGAUAACAGAUUUAUAAAGGUUUCAAGCUCACAGAAUGUUGUAUUCAAAGAUGUAAAGAUUCAAAGAUUUAAGUGAGGCUAAAUUUGUUUAAUAUGGCUCGAUCCGAUCACAAGAUUUAGUAUAAUCUCAUCCUCGAAAAUCGAAAGUGCUCAUUACAACUGCAGUUAAUUAUCAUUCAACGUUGACUUUAUAUCUUUAGUCAAAAACUUUUUAUGUAGCAUCCGCGCUUUGUCCUGUCCAGUUUAUCCCAUUUCCAACCAUUUCACCUCAAGGGUGUUUUGCACAUUUGAUAUCUCCUGCCAUUCACCGAAACAUUCCCGUGCUUUUUCUAUAUGUCUUAAUAUAUUCGAGGCCAACAUUUUCCACGACUGCCCAUCCAUAAAUGUAUACAUGUGUGAUGAAUGAACUGCGGUAUACUCCGUUUUCCUGAAGGUGGGUUGUCCAUAUUCCCCGCACAAGAGACAUGUACUCCUCUCACAUGGUAUGACAUCGCAUGACGACGUGAACGACACUGAAAAUGCGGACGGAAAGUCUGGUGUUUCAUACGCGAACACUUUAUACUAACGGACUGUCUUCGAAGUGGUUGUGAUAUUUAAAGAUGAAGAUUUACAGAAUGAAAACAGGGAGUUUUCAUUGUACACUCGUACGCAUAUAGAACGAAUAGCCAGAAUGCCCGUUGAUAUGGUUGUUGCAGUCUCGGAUUGAAAGAAAAUGGAUAUUUUUGAAGAUAUUUCUGAUGUAUAUAAUUGGACAAAUCUGUUGUGUAUGCAUUAGGCAUGGAUUGUUAUGUUUAUUGGCUAGUAAUAUCUUUUAUUUGCAAAAGUUGAACAAGAAAUAAAUAUCUAAAAAUAGAAGCAAAAAACACUUUUCUACGAAGUUGCAUGGAUAGUGCAUUCUUCUAUGUAAUUUAGGUAUCAGAUGACCUUCGCUAAGAAUUUUAUGGAACUGUUAAAAUACAAAACAAUUUUGCUGUAAAAUAAUGCUGCGGUCAAUAAUGUCCUCUUGAUAGUAAACCAGUGUCCCCUGUAAACCUUUUUUACCUUGUCUUUGGUAUGCAUUUGUGACGUUUCUACAUCAAAUUUGACGGCACAAGCAUAUGCAUAAAACUGUAGCGUAAAGAAGGGUAUUACACCUUACAUUAAAGAGAGUUAUUACAAUGUGAGAAUAAACGGCAUUUAUUCUCAUGGUGUUAGUACAUUGUUAUGAGCAGAACGAAGCUUGAACGAAUUUGAAGAUGUUCUGCUAAGCUCAAUUUUACACAGGCCAACAUAAUUUUAUUCUCUUGAGGCAAACGCUUCAAAUUGCCGUAUUACGUUAACUUUGAGAGACUCGGAUGGUUCAUGGUUAGCAGUGAGCGUCAUUUACUGCAUGGUGUAGUUAAAAAUGUACAAAAAAAAGAAUCAAUAGUCCCGCUAUAUGAAACGAAUAACUAUGUUAUAUGACUGAUGGUUUCGAUACUUACGAUGGAUUACGUAAUAUAUAGGUAGAAAAUUAUGUAUAUUAACACUCACUUCUCAUUUUGGGAUCUCCUGUUGUGAUUAUUGUUUUCUUUAUUGAUUACAUCUUGUGUAAGAUGUAAGAUUUUAUGUGUAUUGUUGGAAAUCUCAACCACGUUAUUUGGAUUUUCAACGCUAUAUGCAGGAAGCUUAAAAGGUAUACUUUUAAAGUUUCUAGCUUUGGGUGAUAGUACAUGGGCUUGAUAGUACAUGUAUUUUGUCAUGUUAAGGGUUUUUAUGCAAAACUUAUUGACUUCCUAAGUAUCGGUACGUAUGUUGAUUCCCUUGGUCGGAAUGUCCAAUACGGUAUACACGGUUGUCAACAUUAUUAAUAAAAUAAAGGUCGUCAG